GAACUAACAAGCGUUCAAAUGUGAAUGUUUUCUUAAUUGGUUAUUGUGACUUUUACCCGUGUACUUAAACAAAAGUGAGUGUACAAAACAAUGCGAUCUUUGGAAAUGACUGCAUCAUGGAAUGAAGAAGACGAAGACGUAGAAGUAGAAGACAUGGAAAUCAGAAAGCACUCAAAUGACGGAAGAGACGAUCUUACAGAAUCAAGCAGCGACGAGGCGACAGGCAAAAAGAGGAGGAAACAUGGCGGUAGCGCAUCCAGUGGCAGUGCAUCAAGCGGGACGACGAUACGUAGGCGGAAAACUUGUAUAAGUGCGAGAGAGAGAAAUUUACGAAGACUGGAAAGUAAUGAGAGAGAAAGAAUGAGGAUGCAUUCGUUAAAUGAUGCAUUUGAGGGAGAUCCGUUGUCUCCAUUGUUGUUUAACCUGGCCUUAAAAAUAUAUCCAAAAAUCAAACCAGACAUAACUGCUCGGGGAGCAAGAAUCAUACUCGCCUUUGCCGAUGACGUAGACGCAGCAACACAAUCAACAUUAGAUAUUAAGGAUAUUUUCUUGAGCUUUGAAGAAGCUGCAUUAAACAUCGGUCUAAAAAUAAAUGAAGACAAAACGAAACACAUGGUCGUCUCAAAACAAGAACGACGGCGAAUAUGGCAAAACAUUACUAUAAAUGAUCACAACUUCGAAGUGGUUAAAGAAUUUAAAUAUCUAGGAGCAACAAUCACAAAUGACAAUAAAUUAGAGCGAGAAGUUGAAACGAAAAUAAUGGCAGGAAACAGAUCUUUCUUUGCAAUGCAACAUCUAAUGACGUUGAAACUUCUUUCACGAGGUACAAAAAUCCAAAUAUAUAAGACCAUAAUACGACCAGCAGUCUCGUAUGAAAGCGAAACAUAG